UAUAAAUAGAAAAAUUAAUUAAUAUCACAAAUUAAACGAAUUAUUGCAUUGUAAAAGAAAAAGUUAGAUCAUUUCUCAAAAAAAAAAAAAAAAAAAAAAAAAGAUCAUAAUCAUGAUCAUGCGACUAUGAUUUCGUUGAAUUAAAAAACAGCAAGAAUUUUUUCACAAUCACCAGUCGCAAAUGCUAUUGUUAAAAAAUGGGGACAAAAGGAAACUCAGGAGACAAUAAAGCCAGAAGCCCUUUAUCAGUUUUCAUUGUGUUUGGAUUGUGUUGUUUUUUCUAUCUAUUGGGUUCAUGGCAGCGCAGUGGCUUCGGCAAGGGUGAUCGAAUCGCGGUACAGAUCACACAGCAGACAGACUGCAGUAUCCUUACUGAUCUAAGCUAUGAGACACAUCAUGGAGGUGAACUUCUUAAUGAAGUCAAGAAAUUUAAACCAUGUCCUGAUCAUUUCAUCGAUUACACACCCUGUCAUGACCAGGCGCGAGCAAUGACCUUUCCUCGAGAGAAUAUGAACUAUAGGGAGAGACAUUGUCCUCCACAGGAGGAGAAAUUGGAUUGUCAGAUACCUGCACCUAAGGGGUAUGUCACCCCCUUUGCUUGGCCCAAGAGUCGCGAUUAUGUACCUUAUGCAAACGCGCCUUACAAGAGUUUGACAGUAGAGAAGGCGGUCCAGAAUUGGAUACAGUAUGAGGGUGAUUUGUUUAGGUUCCCUGGUGGAGGAACGCAGUUCCCUCAAGGUGCAGAUGCUUAUAUUAAUGAUUUAGCCUCUGUCAUUCCUUUGGAUAAUGGGAUGAUUAGAACUGCUCUGGAUACUGGCUGUGGGGUUGCAAGUUGGGGAGCAUAUUUGUUCAAGAAAAAUGUUCUAGCGAUGUCAAUUGCACCUAGAGACUCACAUGAGGCACAAGUUCAAUUUGCUCUAGAAAGAGGAGUUCCUGCUAUUAUUGGUGUUUUGGGAACUAUAAAGCUCGCGUAUCCCCCUAGAUCAUUCGAUAUGUCUCACUGCUCAAGGUGUUUGAUUCCGUGGGGUGCAAAUGGUGGACUUUACAUGAUGGAAGUUGAUAGAGUCCUUAGACCCGGGGGCUACUGGAUACUCUCAGGUCCACCCAUCAACUGGGAAAACAAUCAUGUAGCAUGGCAGCGUCCCAAGGAGGAGCUUCAAGAAGAACAAAGGAAAAUUGAAGAGAUUGCUGAGCUUCUGUGCUGGGAGAAAAAAUCUCAGAAAGGUGAAAUUGCUAUUUGGAGAAAAAGAGAGAAUUGCAGGGAACGAGUUUCUCGUGCUACUAUGUGUGAUCCACAAUAUGGCACUGAUGUUUGGUAUAAAAAGAUGGAGACAUGCAUAACUCCGUACCCUGAAACAAGUUCUCCUGAUGAAGUUUCUGGCGGAGAGUGGAAACAGUUUCCAGACAGACUUAAUGUUAUUCCUUACAGAAUAGAGAGUGGUUCUGUUCCUGGAGUCACAGCUGUAACAUUUCAGGAUGAUAUCAAACUUUGGUCAAAACACGUCGAUUACUAUAAAAGGGUGAACAAACUGAUUGAUACAGGAAGGUACCGCAACAUCAUGGAUAUGAAUGCUGGUCUAGGAAGUUUUGCUGCAGUACUUGAUUCCCCUAGUUUGUGGGUUAUGAAUGUUAUGCCCACGAUUGCAGAGAAGGAUACUUUGGGUGUUAUUUAUGAGCGAGGUCUGAUAGGAAUAUAUCAUGACUGGUGUGAAGCCUUCUCUACAUACCCUAGGACUUAUGACCUGAUACAUGCAAAUCGUCUUUUUAGCUUGUACAAGAAUAAAUGUAAUGCAGAAGAUAUCCUACUAGAAAUGGAUCGCAUCCUACGGCCUGAAGGGGCAGUGAUAUUCCGAGAUGAAGUAGAUGUACUUAUGAAGGCGAAGAGAAUAGCAGCUGGAAUGAGAUGGAACACCAAAAUGGUGGAUCAUGAAGAUGGUCCUCUCCUCACUGAAAAGGUGUUGUUUGCUGUCAAGCAAUACUGGGUCGCCGGUGAAAACAAUUCCACUUCUGUGUAACUUAAGUCUGUAAGUAGAAACAAUUUUAGUACAGUUACUGAUACAGGCCAGGCAACCACAAUUUUCGAGUAAUUUUUUGUUCACUUGAGUAUGGAUAUCGAAGCAAGGUCCUCAAUGUGCAGCAAGCAUUCACACCAUCCUUUUGUCGAGGUUUCUUGCACUCCUUGCAGAUGCACUGUACGCGUAUCUGCAAGUGCACUGCAUCUGCAAGUGAACAACUUUGCUUAGUGUUUUUCAGUUUUCUGAUGUAUACAGAUGCCAAGCAGCUAUGUUUUAUCUGUUUUGUCAUCUAAGAAGUAUAUUGUACGGAGUACUUUUUGUAUUUUUUGUGAUAGUUUUGUUUGUACUUUACUAGUGAGAGUUCUGUAGUUCCAAAUAAUUAAUUUUUGGUCAAUUAUUUUGUUGAUACAUUCUUUAAUUAAACAUGCUCUUAGGCUUCUUUUGGCCCUGUUUCACCAACUUUUGAUCUAAACGUUACUCAUUCGAUGACCAUGACUGAUGAUUGUGGUGCUAUAUC